CUGCUUAAAACGAAUAGGAAACAGCUUAAGAUAACUUUACGAUUGGACACGUGCUCUGAACAGCAACCAUUGCCGUCCAGUGCUUUUGAAAUGACAGAGAGUCACUAGGAGGAGGCACGCGUCCCUAAUGAGCUCCUUUUCAAACCUGUUGAAUAGAGACAAGCACCCUGCGGCGAGACCUGGAGCUAUUUAAUGGCCAUUACGCACAGCUGCACAGUUUACGCACGGUAGUUAGAGCUCAAACCUCACAAGCGUGGUAUAGUGACAUCUGAAUAAAAAUGGAAGACUUAUUUUUGGAUUUCGAUGCUCAAGAUGCUGCCACAGACUUUGCAUUCUGGGGUCAAAUGGACCCGAACUUCCAGUUCCAGUCUCAGCUGGACACGCUGCUGUUUGACUGCAGCGCAAUGACAGGUCAGCUGUCGCCCUGGCCCUCUUUCGGGUGUCAGUCCGUGUUCCCCGAGGCUCAGCUGACCUUCACGGACUUAGACUCGCAGUCUCCGCAGCUGGAGGUCGGUGCUGAAGUGGACAGCUCCUUAGUGGACGAGCCCCAUGAGAUCGGCAAGCGAAGACAGCAGCAGCGGCGUUUGACGGUCCAUCACCCGUACAAGGUGCAGCGCCACGCCGCCAACAUCCGGGAGAGGAAGAGGAUGCUCAGCAUCAACUCCGCGUUUGAGGAGCUGCGCUGCCACGUGCCCACCUUCCCCUACGAGAAAAGACUCUCCAAAAUAGACACAUUAAGACUGGCCAUCGCUUACAUCGCACUGCUUAGGGAAAUCCUCAUGUCAGGCUGUGACCCCAAGUCAUAUGUCGAUGAAUGCAUGAAGAACGGCUAUAAGAAUCAGACCAAUGCUAUCUGGAACACGAGCGAUCUGACAGCUCGGCUCUCUUGGAUAAAGUGGGAUUAACUGCCGCCUCUCCCUCCUUUCUCACGCUCCUCUUCAAUGGUGCCAUGGCAUGACAAGUGCGUGACAUCUGCAGACUUCUCACCGCGUUACACCUCCUGGCACUCGGGACACUUUUUAUAUUCUAAUUUGUUGUGGGUUAAGAUCAGGCCCACUUUUGCUCAUCCAGACGUGCGUUGUUUGUUGUGAAUGAGACCUCAUUGGGACAAAGCAGAGGCACUUGUGCCUGUGUGCACGAGGAGAGAAUUGCAAAAGGGCGGCAGUUCAAAUUUGUUUCUAUGUGCUUCACUGUUGAAAGCAAAUCGAAAGGGUUUGGCCUGGCAAUGUGCCUGACAACCGCAGAUUUAGAGUACUGAACACUGACCGUGAAAUAAUUUUAUAACAACAGUAUUUAUUUAAUUUAUUCUUCUUAUUUAUUAAACAU